GUCUUUCCUAGCCAGGCUUUUAAGUUUUGGCUAGCUACCUAGUAAGAAUUGAAAAGCUCCUCCCUCUCCUCUUCUCUUCUCUUCUCAUCCUCAUCAUGUGAAAUCUUGACGAUUGGAAUCAACUCAACUCAAAAAUCCCAUCCUCCUCCCAAAAUCAAUGACUUUUCUUUUUCACUUGGUGAAAGAGGUAAAUGUCAAUUUUGAAGUGUUUUAAUCCGUGAAUGAAGUUGUUGACUUGAAAUUUUCAAUAAUCAUGAUGAAUUAUCAACAAGAUGAAAGUAUUAGAGAUCUCAAUGUCGCACUUCAAAGAGUUUUAUUGGCUUUUCCCGGCAACAGUGGUCACCAAUUGAUUCAAGAUACCGUGAGAAAAGCUAUCAACGCAUCUGCAUCGGAAUCACAAUUUCCAACACCAGCAUGCAUUCAAACCGAAGAGGAAUCAAAACAUUUCGAUCAAUUACGUAACUUCAUCGACAACCUGGUCUUGACCGUAACGCCUCAAGCUCUUCCAGCUUCCUCGUCGACAUCAUCAUCAAGUCGGCCAACUUCCGAACACAACAAACGAAAAUCUCUCGAUGAUCCCGAACAUGACGCAAAGUUGUCACGGAGAAAGUUGUCAAAAGCAGAGCAGGAAGCGGCGGGAGCUUUGCAAGAAUUAUCAGCCGGUGUUUGAGUAUGGAUAUAUGAAUGGAUGGAUGGAUGGAUGGUUUGGGUCGGGAUUUCACGGAUGGUAAAAAUUGAAGCAAAUUUGUAAGAUUAUCAAAAAAGAUGUAGCUAAUACAAGAAAGACAGCUUUCAUGAAUCAAUACGUACGUAGCACAAAGACGUAGGAGUAGUCUCUUGAAUUGAAAAUGUACUUUUGAAGUUGGCAU